AUGCGGCAAUACAACAACUUGCUCAGCAAAUACAUGAACGACCUGGACAUUGACCUCACAAGGAACCUGACACCGCCCAAGGAGUUGGAUGUGCAAGUGCGUGUGCUUGAGGAUGCGGGCGAGUUGGACACGGAAACGGGCGAAGUGAUCAGUCUCACGCGCGGAUCAGAGCACUUGCUGAGGCGCGCUGACGCUGAACAGCUCAUUCGACAGGGGGUGCUAAAGCACGUAGACUGA